GUUUCCAUGUGAUAACUAUUAUUGCUAUCUCAACAAUCCAAAAAGAGAAACAAAAGAAGAAGAACACGAAAAGCUCACAAGAGUCACUAGUUACAAGCUUCAUUCAACACCAAAUGCAAAAGAAGUUCACACAAUGUCUCUUCUCUGCGAUCUUCAAAUCAAUCUCGAUCAUGAAUUCACUUUCUUCGUCAAUCAGGAUUUGAUGUCAGAGUACUCAGGGUUCUUGAGAAAGCUGAUAAAACAGAGUAACAAGAAGAAGAAGAACCACAAGAACGGUAGAAUCAUCAUCCAACUCCAAGACUUUCCAGGCGGACCAGAAGGGUUCGACUUGGUUUCAAGAUUCUGUUACAGCAAUGGCGGAGGAAUCUCUAUCGAUGUCUCAAACGUCUCCAUCUUGUACUGCUCAUCUCAGUUUCUUGAGAUGACAGAGAUACUCUGUUCCUCUAACCUCUCCCUCCGAACAGAGAAGUUUCUUGAAGGAAUGUUCUACUGGUCAUGGAACGACAUCGUUUCAUGCCUCAAGAGCUGCGAACAAGUGUUCUUGCACGCAGACUCGUACGGUCUUGUGGACAAGCUAGUCUUCGGGGUUUUAGCCAAGAUCGCUCAGAACUCGGACAUGAGUCAAGUCGUUGCCUCGUCCUCAACGUCUUCCUCAGCCUCAGCCUCUUCCAUGUCGCCGGAGACGGCAAAGAAUAGGUCUGAUUCAGACAAAAGAUCCACUUCGAGAUCGUUUUCUUGCAAGACAAGCAAUGAGUGGUGGUUCGACGAUAUGUCAAGUCUCGGGCCAAAGAUCAUCGAGAAGCUGAUAAAGAACCUUGGAGCUUUCGACGAGAACAACGACAGUUUAGUCCUAACAAAAUUUCUCCUCCAUUACCUCAAGACAAAGGUCCACAACAAAUCAAACAACAAGCUCGAGUAUUCAGGUUUGGCUAAUACAGCGGUUCAGGGAGUGAUCUUUGCUUCAAAAACAGCCGCGUUUUCUUGCAGGAAGAUCUUCUGGGUUCUUAGAGUUUUAUCUGGUUUUAGCAUCAGCAAGGAAUCAAGAACCGGUUUAGAGAGGGUUUUAGGAGAAAUGCUGGAUCAAGCGAAGCUCGAUGAUCUUCUGAUACCGACAGGAGGGAAGAGAGACAAAGGGUUUUACGAUGUUGAUUUGGUGGUAAGAUUGCUUAAAGUGUUUGUCAGAAACUGCAGCAGCGCAGAAGAAGAAGAUGAGAGUUUGAGGAUAAGAAGAAUGGGGAAGUUGAUUGACCAGUAUCUGAGAGAGAUAUCACCAGACCAGAAUCUUAAAGUGUCAAAGUUUCUAGAAGUUGCAGAGAGUUUGCCAGAUUCAGCUAGGGAUUGGUUUGAUGGAUUGUUCAGAGCCAUUGAUAUCUAUCUUGAGUCUCAUCCUAAUCUAUCAUCCGAAGAUAGAACAAAACUAUGUCGAUGCCUAAACUACAAGAAACUAACACUGGAGACAUGCAAACAACUUGCAAAGAAUCCCAAGAUCCCUCCAAAUAUUGCAGUUCAAGCACUCAAGUCACAACAGUUAUCGAACGAAGCUCUACCACACUCGAGAGAAGACAAGAUUAAACUAAACAAAACCAGGAAUUCGCGCAAAUAUGUCGAAGAGAAACCAAUACUGUUGCGUCUAAAAGGAUUUGAGAUGCCAGAUAAACUAGCUGAUGGGUUUGAAGAUGAUAUAAGGGUGAAUUUAGAGAGGAGGCAUUGGAAUAAAGUGAUGGAUCAUUCUGAAAAAGUUUGUAAGGAAACGAAGAGUGAAGUAGUGUCAAGAUUGGUAAGACAUGGGCAUACCCAUACAAGUUCCAAUUUUCCAAGGCUAUGUUAAUGAACUACUUCACCAUAUAUUUUUUGUUUCUCUAUAUGUAGAUUGAGAUGAUCAUAUAAUCAUCACACACAUCACACAUGUACGUCUCAUGUAUAUUACAAGCAUUUUCAUGCAAAAAGAUUGUAGUUUUGAGAAUGCA